AUGUCAUCGGGCAAGAUGCAGGGUCUCAGCUCCAGGGCGCACGCGUUUUCUGUGGAGGCGCUGGUGGGGAAACCCUGCAAGAGAUUGAAAGUGUCUGAAGACCAUGACUCAAGUUGGGAAGGACACACGGACAUCUUCACCGGCUCACCAGAGAUUCCGAAGAAGGUGGCUUCAGCAGCAAAGAGGCCCGAGGCCAAAUCCUGUAAUCCGGACCUGGUCGAGAAGGCCGAACCACCCGAAGAAGGGAGUAAGCCGAAACGCAGUGAGAGUAGACCGGAUAGAGAGGUCCACGUUGAGCUGCAGGGUUCCGAACUCUGGAAAAGAUUCUUUGAGAUCGGCACAGAGAUGAUCAUCACCAAAGCGGGAAGGAGAAUGUUUCCAUCGGUGCGGGUCAAAGUGAGCAACCUGGACCCACGCCAGCAGUAUUACAUAGCAAUGGAUGUCAUGCCCGUGGAUUCUAAACGUUACAGGUAUGUUUACCAUAGCUCCCAGUGGAUGGUGGCAGGAAACACGGACCACUCUUGCAUCUCGCCGAGGCUCUACGUCCACGCAGACUCGCCGUGCGAAGGAGAGACUUGGAUGCGUCAGGUCAUCAGCUUUGAUAGAGUCAAACUGACCAACAAUGAAAUGGACGACAAGGGGCAUAUAAUCCUGCAGUCCAUGCAUAAGUACAAGCCACGUGUGCACAUCAUCAAGCAUGACCCUCGAAUGGACUUGUCCCAGAUCCAGUCGCUGCCUGUUGAGGGAGUGUACAGCUUCUCCUUCCCAGAAACAGAGUUCACCACCGUCACAGCCUAUCAGAAUCAACAGAUCACAAAACUGAAGAUAGACAGAAACCCGUUUGCCAAAGGCUUCAGGGAUCCAGGAAGGAACAGGGGUGUGUUGGAUGGUUUACUUGAGUCUUAUCCUUGGAGAUCUCCUCUCAGCUUGGACUUCAAGCCAUUCGCCAUACAGCUUCACGGAAGCCUGGGGUCUUCAACCAGCACUGCUUCCUCACUAAAGAGCCUCCUUCCCUUGUCGUCUUCUUCAGCACUCCCUCCAUUCCCCACGGUCUCAGGCCAGGACUCUGCUCUUCACACCAUCGCUCUUCCAUUCUACGGAAGGACCUUGACCAGCCCCACAUUUCCCAGCAGACCCUUUUCCUCUCUGGGAGCAGACAGACUCAGAGGCCUGUCGCCGGUCCCUCCACUAACAGACCUCCCGCUCUUCCCUGCGCUUCAGGGAAAGAAACCACCUCACUGUCGGGAUCCAAGUCUUUCCCGGUCUCCUGGGAGCCCCUCCUGUUUGAUCCCCCUCUCCACCGCUCUCAGCUCUCAAGGGUCGGCUUCGGCUUUACUUCCUUAUCUUUCAGACAGUGCAGGCCCAUAUUGUCUGUAUCGCUAUAGCUUCCCCUUGAACCCUCAACUUACAGCUAUUUCCCGGCAUACUAAACUAGCUGAAGAUAAGACAGAGGGCCCACUGCACCAAACUUCAUGGCACCUGGCCGCCAACCACCUCCUCUAA